AUGGAAAUCAAACCACUUUUAAGGAGGCUUGGCACGGUGGUCCGGGCCUUCUUCACCUUCCUCUUCGCCCUGGUGGUUCUUGGAGUGGUAAUGUGGGCUUACAUUAGUGGCAUCCCAAUCAUCUCUUCUCCAUACGGCAUCAUCUCCUUUGGCUUCUAUGGUCUGCUGCUUAGUCUCCACCUGCUGAUCCAGAGUAUUUUUGCCUUUGUGGAGCACCGGCGGAUGCGUGCUCGACGCAAACCCUGCUCCUACACCAAGACCAUUGGCUUCACCAUCUCUGCUUACCAAGAAGACCCUGUGUACCUGCGGGAAUGCUUGCAGUCGAUCAGGGCGCUCCAGUAUCCUGCUGAGCUUCUCCGAAUCAUCAUGGUGGUGGACGGGAACUCAGAAGAUGACCGCUACAUGAUGGAGAUGUUCCGGGAGGUCUUUGCCGACCAGGAUCCUGGCUGCUAUGUGUGGCUGAACAAUUACCAUACGUGGGACACCAAAGCACAGCAGGGGCAGGCAGCUGGCCCAUGGGGUGAUGUGGGAAUGGGAUUUGAGGAGGACCCUCAGCGCAGGGAGGUAGAGGAGCUGAUCAGUAGCAAGAGAUGUGUUUGCAUCAUGCAAAAGUGGGGAGGCAAGAGAGAAGUUAUGUACACAGCCUUCAAAGCACUAGGACCAUCAGUGGACUAUAUACAGGUUUGUGACUCAGACACUAAGCUGGACCCUUUGGCCACAGUCGAGCUGGUAAAGGUACUUGAGAGUAACCCCAAGUAUGGUGCAGUAGGUGGUGAUGUAAUGAUCCUCAACUUGAAGGACUCCUACAUCAGCUUCAUGAGCAGCCUGCGCUACUGGAUGGCCUUCAACAUCGAGAGGUCCUGCCAGUCAUUCUUUGACUGCGUCUCUUGUAUCAGUGGCCCCUUAGGUCUGUAUAGAAAUGACCUCUUACAACAGUUUCUGGAGGAUUGGUACAACCAGAAGUUUCUUGGAACACACUGCACUUUUGGAGAUGAUCGCCAUCUCACCAAUCGCAUGCUGAGCAUAGGCUAUGCCACCAAGUACACAGCUCGCUCGAAGUGCUACACGGAGACACCAGCCCAGUUCCUCCGGUGGUUAAACCAGCAGACCCGAUGGACCAAGUCCUACUUCCGCGAGUGGCUCUACAAUGCAAUGUGGUGGCACAAGCAUCACCUUUGGAUGACCUAUGAGUCCAUCGUAUCCGGCGUCUUCCCCUUCUUCGUCACGGCCACCAUCAUCCGACUCUUCUGGACGGGUACGCUGUGGGACGUCCUGUGGGUGCUCUGCUGUAUUCAGCUGAUUGGGCUAAUCAAGGCGGCCUAUGCUUGCAUCCUGCGUGGGAAAGUAGUCAUGGUCUUCAUGUCGCUUUACUCUGCCCUCUACAUGACGAGCCUCCUGCCUGCCAAGUACUUUGCCAUAAUUACCAUGAAUAAGAGCAGCUGGGGGACCUCAGGCCGCCGCAAGAUCGUGGGCAACUACAUCCCCCUGCUGCCCCUGUCGGUGUGGGCGGCCAUCUUGCUGAGCGGCUUGGUCUACACAAUCUACAGGGAAAGCCAACUGGACUGGACUACAGCUGCAAAGCAAGAGGAGAUCAAGUUUUUGAUCUUUGGUGCCAUGGCCUACGUCAGUUACUGGCUUAUAAUGUGCCUCCUUUACUGGGUGUGGUUUCGCAGACUGUGCCGAAAACGUUCACAAAGUUACAAAGUGAGUGUGUAG